UGAAAAUACACAAAACUACUCAACUCAGAAAUGUCAUACAUUUGACAUUGUGCCACUCAUUACAGUUUCUCGAAUGAACUGCAGCUGUUAAUGAUCUGCUGUCUAUCAUGUCAGCGCUGACAAAGUCAAGUCAGGCUUCUGUAUGGGCUAAACAGGAGGGAGAAAGAACGAAAUUAAACCGUUCCCCUGCAUCUUCUCAGUGUGAUAAAACGAAACUUCCUGAUCUACAAAGUAAAGUAGGAGAGACAGAGAGAUCAGCGAUGCAGGUAGUCCCGCUUCGUAGAGACAUGAUCCCAGAGGAGCUUUUGGCCACCCUCACCUCUGCAGCGCACCCAUAUUGUAAAGCAGAAUGUUCAAAGGCUAGCAAGACGUCCCAACUCUGCAAGAUCCAUGGCCUGCGAUGCCCAGAUCCAGUGUGGCAUCAUCCUCAGGGGCGUAAGAAAUACAAGUAUCUUCUGGACCAGCCAGUUUCACUGACUGGAGCUUCCAGAGACGUCUCUUUUCUUUGUGAUGCAGUGGCUUCCAAGAAGGAUCAUAUUCCUCUUCCACCCAUGCCAGACAGGGGCAGUUUACCUUCCCACGGGGGACCCAAGACCACAGGUCCAAUGGAGACACUCAUCCCUGAGGAAUACCAUAUUGUGAAGAACAAGGGAAUGAUGGGCCUUGAGUUUUACGAGGAUAAAUACACUGUUCUUCUGGAGGAUGAGGAUAAGAUGCUGAGGAUCUUUCCAUCUAUGAAGCCCAGUGGGAGACUGGAGGCAGUACAGCUGUUGAGAAUCAUGGAUGAGAUGCUGGACAAGGCAGGAGUGAAUCUAGACAGCACUGAGCUGACGGUUAUUUCACAGAUCCAAGGCUUGCUGGACCUGGUGCAGGUAGAGCAGAACAUUUACAACAUUGUGUUCCAUGAGGUCAUCCGGCAGGUCAGCGUGGAGUGUUCCGAAAGAGGCCAGAUCCUGGCCAAGCUCAGACAGAGAUAUGUGGCGCUGCUCGACCGUAUCCCCAGGAAACUGCGGGGCCUGCACAAGGAGAUGAUGUGCCUGCGUGCUCUGGACCGCCGUCUGACUGAUGAGAUCGUCUGUUUCAAGAAGUCCAUUGCACAACUCAAUCAAGAGCUGAGCAAGAUAAAAGAGCAUGAUGAGGAUGUGUCGCAGCAGGCGGAGAGAGCACAGAAGGAGCUGUCCAAAGCACUGGACCAGUCACAGCGGAACUCGGAUACGGUGGGAGAGUAUCACGACCUGUAUGAGAUGCAGCGGCGUAGGCUGGAAGUGCAGGUGCUCCGGCUGACGGAUGAGCGCGAUCUCUGGAGCAGUGUCACCUAUAGCCUAGCACUGAAGGUGAUAAAGUUAAAUAAUCUGCAGCUGGUCAGUCGACUUCAUGUGAGUGAGCAAACCUGGACCAAGACUGCAGAGCAUUUCACCGUCUUCCUUGCAUCCAAGGACUCUGAGGAUCUGAACAGUAUCAUGCAGUUGCUGGAUCGAUGGAAAGAGCAACUGACUGACUUUGUUCAGAAGCUAAAAGAGGUCGAAUCCACCCAGUGUGACAAGAUCAAAGCCAUGCAGGAGGGCAUGAAUCACUGGCAUAACCUCAUCCAUACCAACCUCAAGAAACCAGAUGUGAUAUUUGACACGGCAUCAGAGGAGAUGAUAGUUUCUGAUCUGACUGAAUGGUCAAUGAUGUUAACUGCCCAGUGUGAGCGCUACGGUGGGGAGGAGCUGCUCUCAGGCCAGGAGACCAUACACACACUCGUAGAGCUGCAGCAGGCCUGGGUGGACGUGGGGCACCAGAUCUUCCGCAGACACCCUGCUUCAGACGGGGAGCUACCCAAGGGCCAGGCAGCCAUGAAAGCCUUGGGUCUUUCUGUCUCUGAACUUCAACAGCAGAUGGACAUACGCAUCAAUGGAGAGAGUGGCAUUCACAAGGAGAUGAUGUCCCUGGUGGGUGUGUUAGAGUUCUGGAUCAGAAGACUGAAGGCUCUUAGUGGUCGGGCAGAUGGGCUGCCGCACUGUGAUUGGCUGAGGUUGGACAAAGGGCUGACCGCCUGGAACAAGACCGCAGACAAGGUCAUGCAGCUGGUGGACAGCGUCCAGUGUGAGACUGACCGGCUCAAACGCAGACCUGAAAACAGGAUAGCGAUCGACGACAUCUUCAGCACGAUGCAGGACUUCAUGGCCACUCAGAGCAACUUCUUCGAGUGUGAAAAUCUAAGGCUGUCUGAUGAGGUCAGUUCUAUUCAUACCAUGCUGACCCGCUGGAUGGUAGACCUCUUGCUCAUCAUGGUGCCAGAUCACUGUGAUGACCAAGACCCAUCACCAGUCCCAGGUCCCACAUCCACUGAUGUGAAUGAGGGCCGGAUCAAGAAACUGGAGGAGGAUGCCAAAAAUGUCUCUCAGAAGGUGGACUACUUCUCCAUAUACAUCACAUGCUCAUGUCAAGCCAUUGUGGAGGAGGAGGUCAAGAAGAACAUGUCACAGGAUGAGACAGAGAAUGAACUGUAUGAACUCAACAAGCUCCAGAGGGAGUGUGGUGAGUGGGUGGAUGCCUGUAGCAUCCUGCUGUCCGAUGUGAAGGGGAGCCCAGUGCAGCUGCAGGUCACAGGAAGGGCCGCCCUGCAGCUCAGGGAUGAAAGCCCAAGCCUAUCAGCCAGCUAUGAGUCUCUGACGGAUGUGACGACAGCCAGACCCACACUAACAGAGAAAGCAAAAGACCACGAAGAGGAGGAGAAGAAGGAAGAGAAGGCUAAGGAGGAGAAUAUGAGGGAGAAAGAGAACAAGGUGAAGGAGGAGGAAAUUAUAGAGGAGAACAAGGUGAAGGAGGAGAAGGGAAAAAAGUCAGAGGAGGAGGAGGAGGAAGAACAUGAUCAGUAUGAGCAAGAGGAAGGGAUGGGUGUGGAGUUGACCGAGACAGAGGGAGGCAUCCUGAAACUAAUUGGCCACGAUGGCAACAUCAUUGAGAGAACUCUGGGGGAGGACAAAGUGCCACUGGAGGAGACUACUGUUGUGCGCCCUCAAACACCGAAUGCUCUGAGGGCCUUUGAUGCCUUGGAAACACUGGGCUCCCUCAAGCAGGAAGUACUGGACAUAGAGGCGCGUGCUCAGGGAGCCGAGACAAGAGCGCUGCAGGCAGAGGAGGCUUUGCAGACCGCACUGGAGAAGAUCCAGGACCUGGAGCGCAAACUGGAGGGCAAACCCAGCCUGGAGGCCAAGGUGGCCCCGAAGCCAACGGUGGGGCCACACCCGUGGGGAGCGUUGGGAAGAAGGCAUCUGCAAGCAGUGGCAGGCAUGUCACUAAAAGGCGCUAAAAAAACACACAUGGAUGUGGAUCUUUGUGUGAGGGAAUUUAUUUAGGAAUAAAUGACAGCUCAUGA